AUGAGGGCGACACUCUCAUCUUUGUCAGCGAACAAAAUGGCGUCUUACUGCUUAACUGUCACUAGACUGCGGCUCGCCCUCGGAACCGGGGCAAGGCGUUUUCAUGUCUCUGCAGCCUUCAGCGCCAAGGCCAAGGUGGCCAUGAGCCGCUUUGAGCCCAGCUCCAGCAUUAACUAUGAGACGAUGCACAAGAACAUCGACAUUGUGCGCAGGAGGCUCGGCAGGCCUCUCACUCUGUCGGAGAAGAUUGUGUACGGUCACCUGGAUGAUCCAGUGGGGCAGGAGAUUGACCGUGGGCGCACCUAUCUGCGCCUGCAUCCAGACCGCGUGGCUAUGCAGGAUGCUACCGCUCAAAUGGCAAUGCUUCAGUUCAUCAGCAGUGGUCUGCCCAGGGUGGCGGUUCCCUCAACCAUCCACUGUGAUCAUCUGAUUGAGGCUCAGAUCGGAGGGCCUGAGGAUCUGCAAAGGGCCAAGGAAGUAAACGAGGAAGUGUACAACUUUCUUGCCACUGCUGCUGCCAAAUAUGGAGUAGGCUUCUGGAAACCUGGAUCAGGGAUCAUCCAUCAGAUCAUCCUGGAGAACUAUGCCUAUCCUGGAGUGAUGCUGAUUGGUACAGACUCCCACACUCCCAAUGGCGGUGGCCUGGGGUCCAUCUGUAUUGGAGUGGGUGGAGCUGAUGCCGUGGAUGUCAUGGCUGGAAUCCCCUGGGAGCUCAAGUGUCCUAAAGUGAUUGGAGUGAAGCUGACAGGAUCCUUGUCUGGCUGGACUUCUCCAAAGGAUGUCAUCCUGAAGGUGGCUGGCAUCCUGACUGUGAAGGGAGGAACUGGAGCCAUUGUGGAGUAUCAUGGGCCUGGAGUUGACUCCAUUUCCUGCACUGGAAUGGCCACCAUCUGUAACAUGGGUGCUGAGAUUGGAGCCACCACGUCCAUUUUCCCCUACAACCACCGCAUGAAGACGUACAUGGAGAAAACUGGCCGUGGAGAGAUUUCUGCUGUGGCUGAUCAGUUCAAAGAUGACUUGGUCCCAGAUAAUGGCUGUGAAUACGACCAGCUCGUAGAGCUUAACCUGAGCGAGUUGAAGCCCCACAUCAACGGACCGUUCACCCCUGACCUGGCUCACCUCGUGUCUGAGGUCGGAGCUACAGCUAAGAAGAGUGGCUGGCCCCUGGAGGUUAAAGUUGGUCUGAUCGGCAGCUGCACCAACUCGAGCUACGAGGACAUGGGCAGGGCGGCCUCUCUGGCCAAGCAGGCUCUGGAUAAAGGUCUGAAGUGCAAAGCCCAGUUCACAGUCACCCCUGGCUCUGAGCAGAUCCGCGCCACUAUCGAGAGAGAUGGAUAUGCCAAGAUCCUGAGUGAUGUUGGUGGACUUGUCCUCGCCAAUGCGUGUGGACCCUGCAUUGGACAGUGGGACAGGAAGGAUGUGAAAAAAGGAGAGAAGAAUACGAUUGUCACGUCCUACAACAGGAACUUCACUGCUAGGAAUGACGCUAACCCAGCUACUCAUGCUUUUGUCACCUCUCCUGAGAUUGUCACUGCCAUGGCAAUCGCUGGGACCCUCGACUUCAACCCAGAAACCGACUACCUGACCGCAUCAAAUGGAGAGAAGUUCAAGCUGGAAGCCCCCAGCGGUGACGAGCUCCCCUCAAGAGACUUUGACCCGGGCCAGGACACCUACCAGUACCCCCCGGCCGAGGGCAGCUCAGUAAUGGUGAACGUGAGCCCCUCCAGCAACCGUCUGCAGCUUCUGGAGCCCUUCGACAGGUGGCACGGAAAAGACCUGGAGGACAUGAGGAUCCUCAUCAAGGUGAAGGGAAAGUGCACCACUGACCACAUCAGUGCUGCCGGGCCCUGGCUGAAAUUCCGCGGUCACCUGGACAACAUCUCCAACAACAUGCUGAUUGGUGCAGUCAACAUUGACAAUGAUGGCGUCAACAAGGUCAAGAACCUGCUGACAGGAGAUUUCGGAGGUGUGCCUGAUGUGGCCCGCCACUACAAGGCCAAUGGCGUGAACUGGGUGGUGGUUGGAGAUGAGAACUAUGGCGAAGGGUCCAGUAGGGAGCACGCUGCCCUGGAGCCACGACACCUUGGUGGACGCGCCAUUAUCGUCAAGAGCUUUGCCAGAAUCCAUGAGACUAAUCUGAAGAAGCAGGGCCUGCUGCCUCUGACUUUUGCUGACCCCAGCGACUACGACAAAAUUCGCCCUGAUGACAAGAUUUCAAUCAAUGGGCUGAAAACCCUUUCUCCUGGCAAGCCCCUGACGGCAGUGAUCAAGCACAGCGAUGGCAGCCAGGAGUCCUUGCCUCUAAACCACACCUUCAAUGAGACGCAGAUCGAGUGGUUCAAGGCCGGCUCCGCUCUCAACAGGAUGAAGGAGCUCCAGUAAUUAUUGGAGAUGAGGGAGGUGGGGCCUAUAGGGGCCACCGAGGGGCCUUGGCGUGGGAUAAGAAGGGGAGAGAUGUGGGCCUAGAGAGGGGCUUCGCAAAGAGGAAGAGACAAUGUGAACUGUAGAUGGUAACCAGACUUGUUGGUGUUAACGUUGGUUUAGGGGACAGCUGUAGUCAUGCUCAUUUAAAGAAAAAAACACACACACAAGGUCGCUGUACAGAUGAAAAGCGCACACACACAUACAUGAGCACGUACAUGCACAGACAGGAUUACUGUGAAAGCUCCCCCCGAUGACAGGCAGAAUUACACAAACACACUCACACUUCACAUAACCGAAGCUUAGCAGUGUGUGUUUCUAAUAGGCAGCAUCGUUUUACUGGCAGCACUUCUCACUUUAACUUAGUCGUUCAUUGAGUGAUACCCUGCAGCGUUCAGCUGAAUAUUUCAUACAGACGCUCAUCUUUCUCUAUGAAACAUGGCGUUUAUUCUCCAAAUUUUGUGAAAAUACAGCCAAACCUGAUUUGUAUACAUGAUUCAGAACCUAAAUUAAUACAUUUAUAAAGUUAGAUAUCACGUUUGUCUCAAUAGUUUCCAUCCAAACGGCCAAAUAAGCUCAAUAUGUUGUUCAACUCACAUGUAUGUUCUUUUCCUUCAUUUUCUCCAGAACAUCUUUCCAACAUGCUCUCUAUCAUUCACUCCACUAGUCAUCCUUCAUUUUCCUCCUGUUAUAAGCUGCUAGAAUUGCAACUAUUGACAUAAAACAAGCGUUUCCUUGCUAAUUGUAGUUUGGAGCCACACUGUAAACAAUCCACCAGGCACACUUAUUUACUGUAAGCAGUAUCCUUGAAAUCCCAUCAGCCCCUGUACUUUCAUUGGAGCCCAGUCUGAAUCACUGAAACCUUGUGUUUUUUCAUGCUGCUGUUGGUGCACUUUUCUUUUUGUGCUUACCCAGACUGCUAAAUUUCGGCCAACAUGUGAAUCUGUGCUCACUGGCCGCUGCUCUUCUAUUGGUUGCUUGGUGGUUCUCUGUCUUUUUGCCUGAUAUAAGACCCCAUUGUGUGAAAACUUGAGACUAAGACACCCAACACAACACAUACUGCUAUUGUGUUCGCGCUAGCCUUGCUAUUUAUUUGCUUUCCAUCUGUGUUUUGUCCUGUGUGUUAUGCAUGGUUGUUUUUAUUGGGUUAACAUCGGUCUGUGUUCACAUCUGUGUUUCCCUCUUUGCUCAACCUGUCUCUUGUUGAUCUCACCAAGCUGGUUCAUGUAGUCCAAAAAACAACCUGAAAUGUUUGGAGAAAUAGGCUGUAAUCAAAUUUGUGUUGCGAGAAAUCGAAGCAACAUUUUUUUAUGUACAUUCUGGUGUAGCAUAUAGACAUACGAAAUCUUCUGUGCCCACAGGAAAUUGCAGUAUAACAGUGACACAAAAAAUCAGAUGCGAUGUCCAGAAAAAGCUUUUCUCUUUGAUAGUAGGUCUUUAGUCUCAUCGUCGCAAUUAAAUCCUCUGGCACAAAGCUUCACAGAUGUUAUGUUGCUGUGGUUUCUCUGUGUUCAAGUUUUUCAGUCCUCACUAUCAUCGGGAGUUGCCAGCGUGUGAAAUUGCCUCGCGUAGCUGCAAUGGGAGAUUACAUGAUGUGUUUGUCUUGGCAUUGAAUGUUUUUUGUCAGGUUGAGGUUCGGUCCUCCAUUGCAUGAGGAGGCCUGCUGUCUUCUUACACAAACUAACGCACAAUCUAGUGUCCAGAUGCCUGUACACUAGCACUUUGUAGAGUUAGGAAAGUAGUGUUGGAUGUGCUUCGUAACGCUUCCUUUAUUCUCUUCAAACACUUUACUCUUCAGCGUUCAUCUCUGUUGAUACACAAGUUUUCAGACUGUAGAUCAUUCGUGUUUUAAGUCUUGUCAUUAUCGAUACUUAGUGUGCGCCACUAAAAGAGUCUGGUUAUAUAUUUUUGUGGGCUUAGGGAUGUUGAGGUCAUUGUUGCUAUGUUUUGUGUGGGAUUACGCUGUUUAGCUCUAUUCAUCAUCUAGUCUGUAAAUCCGUCACUCCUUCAUUCUUCAGUCUAGCAAGACAUUGUAUUAGAUUGAUAUUUAGAGUUACUGAGGUAAAUCCCUAUGUACAAAAAAAAAUAAUUUGGACCUGUGUGUAAAUGAUGUGAUAUAUAGCUGCACUUUGUAUAGGGGUGUGUACAUAAAUGAUAAAGUAAUUAUAAAGAUAUACAUACAAUAUAUAUAAAAAUAAAGAGAGAGAGAGAGAGAGCAAGUAACGUGCUGUAAUCUGCCUGUCUACAUGAGAGCUGUUAACGACAACUGGUAACAAAAAGUCAUGAAAUUGUGUCCCCUCUGUGAUUUUCAUUAACCUAAUGGUUUUACAAACCAGUUUCGGAUUAUGGGUGAAAUUAAAGCACCGAUAAUGGAUUAUAGCUGUCGGUUGCUGCUGGGCUUUGACGGUUAAAAAGGACUUGUCAUUUCUAGGAAGGCGACUCUCGGUGGCUUUGUGUAUAUUUCUUAAUCCUUUUGUUUUAGUUUUGUUCAAAUCAUUUUCAGGGAAUGAGGUGAUUAGAAACGGGAGCAGCCCACCUUUAAAUACGUUUUAGACAUUAAUGAGUCCAUGAAGGGGGUAAUGUGUUCAUAAAGUCAACAUUUUGAGAACCAUCAUGUUUUCAUGCCCUCUUAAAAAACAAUCACUUCGAUGGUUAAACACUCCUCACUGCUGUAUCAGAUUUACUGCCAAAGAUGCCUAAUGGAAAUACUACAUGUUGAGAAGUAAUGGUUAUCCAUAAGUUGUGUUUGAGAAACCCGCCAUUAUUAUAUGAUCUUUCAAAUAAAUCCCAGUGUGCAUAACGAUCUGAUUAUGUGCAGAGUGUUGUUACCUUCAGAAUUCACCAGGAUCAAUGUUUAUUUGUAAAUCAUCUUAAAAAGUACUGAUUCAUUUCAUCAUCAUUCGUCCUCCGUCAGCACAUUUUAAACAGCCAUGUGUGAAGCAGUUUGCUCAUUCUGUGAUGUAAGAUAAUGCUUUGUUGUUCACGAGUUUUAAAAGGCACUCCUGUAUAGUGACAAAUCAAAUGAUGUUGUUCAUGAAGGCAUGCCUGUUGUGACAUUUUGUACUCAGGUGUGCUCUGUUUGAUCAGGCUUCCUCUGAUGUGUUUGAAGAUAAUUUUAUGACAUGGUUCACUUGCUAAAUACAGCAAAUAAAUAUGGAAAAUGAACAUAGUGAUGAUUCCCCUCACACUUCUGUUUCAGCAUUAAACUUUUUUUAAAGUAGAUGUUCCAAAACACCUGCAGCUGUAUUGUUUGAGAGAUUGAAAAUGUCUUGACAUGAACUAAAUAACCAGUAAAUUAAUAAAGAUAAAGUUGUGAAGUGAAUGUAUUUGUGGUUUUAUUUGCUCAAUGAAGUAAAUAAAAAGCUAAUGUGAUUGUCAGUUAUUUGUGUUACAGUAGAUACAAAGACUUCUAGCAGCUGAGGAAGAAUUUGCUUCAAUUGUGGUUGCUGCCAUCAUGUGUUUAUUGAGAAAUCUUAACAGGCUGCAAUCCUCA